GGGAAUGACGCACGUGCCAUGCCUGGUGCAGCGAUUCAUCGUGCUCGCCUAGAUUAGAUAUGCGCCUUGGUUGCCACACCCCUUGCGGCUAUAAAAGCACUGUACGUUCAGCAAUAAAGAGCAUUUGGUCGCUGGCCACCUCGACUGAUACAUGGUGUCAGAAGUGGGAUAGCUCACGCCGAUGGAAACACAAUGGAGCAACUGCUGAAUCUUCCUGAACCACUACUGUUGUCUGGGAAUAUCGCCAAGAACUGGGAAUUGUUCCAGCAGAAAUUCGAGCUUUUUCUGGACGCAACGGAAUCGCCAAAAGAGCCCCGAACCACGGCCGCCAAAACAGCACUGCUGCUCAGCACUGCCGGAGACGACGCAUUGGAGGUAUUUAACAACUUCCUUUUUCUUGGGGACGAGAACAAGCAAGAUUAUGCUACCGUUGUUAAGAAAUUCAAGGAGUACUGCCAAGAACAACAGAAUGAAGUCUAUGAGCGGUACAUAUUCCGAUCCAGAGUGCAAGGCGAAGGGGAGUCAUUCGAGCAUUUCUUGCGGGACCUCAGAAAACAAGCAAGAAGCUGCAAUUUUUCGGAAAUAGCUGAUUCCUUAAUCCGCGACCAAAUAGUGUUUGGCACCAGUAGCCCACGACUGCGUGAAAAGCUCCUCAAAGAAAAAGACUUGACACUUGCCAAGGCUGAGCAGAUUUGCAAAGCGGAGGAAGCAGCAUCGCUGCAAAACAAUGCCUGGGCGCAGCCCGAUAAGCACGUGGCUCUGGUCAUGAAGCGGUCUGCGCAGGUUCGCAAAGCGGAGGAUGCGGUACAAAAAGAACCGUCGGCACAGCCCGAUAAGCAAGUGAUGCAAAACAUGCAGCAAUCUCGGAAAUGCACCAGAUGCAAUCGUUUACACGCCAUACCUGGCAGAUGCCCUGCGUUCGGCAAAACGUGUUUCAUAUGCCGAGGUGUUAACCAUUUCGCAGCUUCCUGCAAGAAGGGCCCGCAAAUCCGAGAAGUUGGCGAGGAGCAAGACAGCUUCGACAUUCUCGAUGUGACAGUCUCGAGCAUCGACGCGAGAGCGGACUGGGUAGUACAUGUGAACGUGGCUGACCAGAUGGUUAACCUCAAAGUGGACACGGGAUCUCAGGCCAACUUGCUGCCCUACUCUAUCUACCGACGAUGCAAGACGGCAGCAGAUUUGAAACCGAGCUCUUCGGUGCUUCGAUCAUACAGCGGUGGUGUCAUUCGACAUUUCGGUAUGGCAAGGCUACCAGUGACCGUGAACGGCCGGUCGAAGGACGUCAACUUCUAUGUCGUCAAAAAGGGCAACCAAGCAAUACUGGGACUACUAGCAUGCGAGUCGCUUGGUCUGGUGUCACGUGCAGUGGAUGCUGUAAAAGAAGUAAGCACCACAGCGGGCGGCAGUGAGGACGUUCUAACCGAAUUCCGCCAGCUUUUUCAGGGAACAGGCUGCGUGAGUCGCCAGUAUAAAAUGGUCCUACGCAAGGAUGCGACGCCAGUUGUCCAGCCAGCUCGGCGGGUGCCCUUGGCGCUGAGGGAACCUCUGAGGGAGGAGCUGGAGCGCAUGCAGCGAAGUGGCAUCAUUGAGAGGGUCCAGAAACCGACAGACUGGACAUGCUAUCAAGGGCUCCAGGGACAGCGACUAAGGACUACUCCGACGACACGGAAGAUGUGGAGGUCCACGCGGUUGCAGUCAUGUCAACCUUGGUACGACUUCAGCCACGUCACGUCGAGCCCCGAGUUCCCGCGAUCGAAUGGACUCGCUGAGAAGGGGGUUCAGAUUGUGAAAAGAAUCCUAAAGAAAACGGAAGAAACAAAACAAGACUUCUGGCUGGGGUUGCUCAACUACAGAUCCACUCCGCUCGAAGAUGGCCGCUCCCCUGGUGAACUCUUGCAGGGCAGGAGGCUUCGCACUCUACUCCCAGACUUCAGGCAGCAGCCAAGCAUACCAGUAUUCAAGCGAGCCCAGGCAGACACUCGGGGGAGAACGUUACCACCUCUCAAUACUGGCGAUGUCGUGAGAGUACAGGAAAAGACAUGGAAUCGCCGAGCUCAAGUUACCGAAGCAGUUGCACCGAGGUCUUAUCGAGUAGUUACCGAGGACAACAGAGUGCUACGUCGCAACCGACAGCAUCUGCUUCCAACUGGAAAAGCACUGUACGUUCAGCAAUAA